UGGUACAGUGUGGUUGAACGGAGAAUAGUUGUUAAGGUUGCGUCUUCGCUGUACACAUCUACGAAACACACAAGCUACUAGCUUUCGCUUUAGCAAGUAGUUAUAGCAUCAUACAAUUUCGUGGUCAAUAUAAACCAAGGUUAUAAACAUCUACUUCCGGUGCGGUUACAGAGGAGACGUAAAAAGAGUAAUGUUUGGCGUAGUGGUAGUGGGCAUUGGAACGGCAGGUUGGGUGAGGAUCAGAGAUAUGUUGGCUCCACUGCAAGGCAGCUGUGCUGAGAAACUCAUUGUCAGAGGAUUCAUAUCCAGGAGAAGCCUGGGCAGUCAACAAGGAGUUAGUCAGAUUUCAACAGAGGAGGCUCUGAACAGAAAUGACAUUCAAGUGGCGUUCAUCUGCACUGAGAAUUUCUCACAUGAGGACAAUGUCAGAAGGUACCUGCAGGCAGGGAAACAUGUGUGUGUAGAGUAUCCCAUGACGCUCAACUACAAGGCUGCUGUGGACCUCUGGAAUUUGGCUGACGAAAAAGGUGUGGUUCUUCAUGAGGAACACAUCGAGCUUAUGUCCGAAGACUAUAGGCAGCUGAAGAGAGAGAUCCAAGGAAACAUCCUGCAGGAGGGAACUCUUCAUUUUACAGGUGGUGUUCUGAAGCCUGGAUCUGGUUUCAUGGCAUUCAGUGGUAUUGCUCGCCUCACCUGGUUGGUUGAAUUGUUUGGGGAGCUUUCUGUAACCGAAGCAACCAUGGAGGAGGACUCUAGUAAAAACUACAGCAAGAUGACCGCCAAACUACGAACUGCUGAUAACAAAACGUUGACAUGGACGGAAGAACGAGGACCGGACCUCCGAAGAGCGAAGAAUAUCAACUUUCGCUUUGAUUCUGGCACGCUGACGCAAAUCCCUCCAUCGCCCAGAGGGUCAGUCGGCCUCUUCAUGCAGGACCUGAUCCAUUUCUCCUCGAAGCUCACUGGCCAAGUGACUCCAGAGGAUCUCCAGAAAGAGAAAAAGAGGAUCCUGCACUGCUUGCAACUUGCAGAGAGAAUACAACAACUGUGCCAGAAAUAAGCAGGUUCGACCAGUUUACAGUUUACAAUAUUCAUACUUGAAGUCUUUACAUAUGCAUAUGAAUUCAUCUUGUGUCAGUAAAUUGAUAAUAAACCAAAGGAACACUAGUAGAAACACUGGAACACAUAGAGUAUACACACUACCUGUGUCUCCAUGGGUGUACUUCCACACUUAAUCUUUUCAGUCCUUAAGUACAUUCAAACUGACAAGUAAGACAAAAUGAAGUAUACUGUCAGUACCCGCAUGUCGUGUGCAGUGAUGCACCCUUACCACCGUCGAUAGUCGCCAUUUGGCUAUAGUAGAAGGGAACGGACUAUCACACAAAAAGGAGAACAUAAAAAAGGUGGCAUUUAUUUUAUGAGGCGAUGUUAGGGAUUGCACUCCGUUCAGUGGUUGCAAUUCACCAUUAAAAAGGAUAGAAGAAGAAGAAGCGGGUAAAUAAUGCCUUUGUCAUUUCCAGUAAGUGUACAACAACAUGAUCGAUUUCAUCCAGCACAAGGAGUGGGCAAUACUGGAAAACACUGGGUAAAUACAUGGCCGGUAUUGAUGAUAGUGAUGCAUUUUGUGAUUUUGCCUGUAAUGGUGAACAAACACUUGUUUGUUUUGGACAAACUGUGGUUAGCACACAAGUCCAAUUUAGACUGGGGAAGCCUCCCAUUCACCCCCCUCCAGGUCACAUUGUCAUGGCCCAGUCUUCCAGUAGAACUACAGAAUCACCAGCAGGGAUGCCCUCCAGCACCCUUCUGAUGCACCCCAAGGAGGCUGGGUACUUAGAGCUGCGUUGGGCCUCUGCCCAGCUUGCCACCUCUCCCCUGCAACAACUCCAGAGUAGAACUAGGUCCAGCCCCUUUCAAGGAGUUCGGUUCCAGAAAGCAAACUGUGGGUCGAGGUGAGUUUGACGAUAUCUAGUCGGAAUUUCUCAACCUCUCGCACAAGCUUAGGCUCCUUCCCCACUGGAGAAGUGACAAUCAAUGUCCCAAAAAACAGAUUUCUUUUGUCUUUUCUCGUAGGGUGUCCUGAAUCAUUCUUUGUCUGUCCCGUCACCCAUUAUCCAUAUUUAGAUUGAUGUGCCCACUUCUGAAAAAUAUGAAAAAUAUCAAUCACAUCACGCUAGUAUCGAUCCUAUGUUGAACAGCUUUGCUGUGAUCAACCAAUCAGGGUUGGGAGUCUAUAAGCUGGCCCUGAGAAGCGAAUCAGAAGUCUGACUGGCUAAAAAAACAGCUCUAUUGCUAAUAGUGUGUAUGUAAAAGGGAGCAACACUCUUGAUUCUGAAGGCGCUGGGCAGAUUACUUUGAUAUGGAAACACACAGAAACUGAAAUAUGAUUGGGAAAAAAAGCUCUUAGUAUACACAUACGUACAGUACACUACUGGAAAGCAGUGCAGCGAAGAAACAUGUUACAAAAUGAAGAUAAUAGAAUGUUGGGAAUAAAUUAGUAUAAUGAAUGAAACAAAUACUACAAUUUAGGUUUGAAAUUUACGUCAGUGCUUCUGGUAUCGGUUAGGUCAGCAGAGAAGGUCCUGACUGCACACCACUGGUAUCGACACUAUAGAAAUUUGGAUGGAUCCACCCACCACAGAAAAACAUCAAUCUCAUCACGCUUGUCUCAAUCCAACACUGAUACUACCAUGGGUAUCAAUAUUCAUAUUUGGAGGGAUCCGGCCAUCCCUGAAAAAUAUCAAUCUCAAUAUGCUUGUAUUGAUCCAAUACAGAUGCUACCAUUGAUAUUGAAAAUAUGGAUGUUUGGAUCCAGCUGCCAAUCCCUGAAAAAUGUCAAUCUCACUACGCAAGUCUCCAUAGUAUGCUUAUGCUACCAUUGGUAUCAAUAUGAUCGAUAUAUGAAUUGUUGCAGCCAGCCCUAAAAAUACCACUCUCAUCAUGCUUGUAUCAAUCCUAUACGGAUACUACCAUGCGUACAAAUAUUGUUGAUAUUUGAAUCGAUGCGCUCACCCCUGUACAGCACUACACUCAAAAUUUACACACUCAGGAAUGAAGUACAGUGUACACAGUAUAUUUAGCGAUGGAAGUAACAUUGGAGGCACAGUUCAUUUUUAACAAUGUGCAUCAGCUUUAUAGUUGCAGUACUUACCUGUAUGUGCAUUGUCUUCAUAUAUAUACAGUGGAAAACAACCCAGAGACAUCAUUAUUUAUUUUACAGUGACUAUGAAAUGAUAAUGUGGUAAUGAGGAAUACAGGACAACUCAAAGGUGUGUGUACAAUUGCAGCUAUGACAGAUAUUUGGAGGUUUUUACAUGCUUGAACAAUAGCUCUAAUAACCAACAUGCUAUCAGCAGCAUUCUGCUCUUCUGUUCAUCUUACUUGAAACAUAGUCUUUUUAUUAUGCAGUGAUGUGCUGCCAAACAUUUUAAUAGCAUAGGAUGUGGACUAAGUACUACUGGAGUACAGCUGUUACAGGAACACAUGUGCCACAAAGCAGUGAAAUACUUGACAUGACAUGAAACAUGAUGUAUUUAAUAAACUGACCUGACUCCUAUCCAUCAUCUGUAA